AUUUAUGCAGCAAAGCGGUUAUUUUUAAACCUGUAAUUUUACUGUUUGACUCAUAACUCUUAUCAAGAAUGAACAGUUAAACAUAAAUGGGGGAAGAAAAAUUGACUUCCUGUAGCUGCCUCCGCCAUCUUGAAAUGCACACAUGAUAAUGCCAGCUAGUUGCAUUAGCCAGCUGGCCUCGACUGUCUUUAAAUGCACCGUGAGUGUGCACAUGCUAACAGCGGUUUUACACAUCUGGAUCACCUUGAGACAUCCUGUUGACCAGAAUCAUGUUCAAGAAACCAACCGAAGGUAAAAAAAAAAAUAAAAUUCAUUUUUUAGCAAUGAAACUGUAAAUUAGCUGCUGCUGUUGAAUCCAGAUAAUGUUAAAGGGCGGUAGUGUGUAAAAUGUCUAUAUAGUUUUUAGCUUUACAUCAUGUUAUGUUGUGAUUCAACAAAAGCAUAUCUGGAGUGUUGCUCUUAUUGCUUCAUGUUUGAGAGUCCUUUAAUCUCCAUGGCAACCAUUCAGCUGUGUAAAACGCCUGGUUGUACCUAGCUCCGCCUUUGAGACGCAGCUCCUCCUCAGAGCUGCAGUUUCAAGCAGCUCCUUCAGACUCGCCAGCAGCAAUUAGAUAUCAGGACCGGGUUUUCACUGAUAUUUCAGAAUUACUCUCAUUCACACUCCAAAAUAUUUUAGCAGAGGUAGUACAGGGAGAAGGCCAUGUGUAUUCUAUAUUUGGACAUUUUGUUAUUUUCAGAUAUCAUGUGCCAUUUUUCUUUCUCUUGAUUAAUUUUGCACAUCUGUCACAUUUCGCUAAAAUAUUGAUGUGUUUAGUGUUGUCACCCUUUUCAUUGUCACUUUCAUUUCAUUUUGUGUGCUAAGUAUUAAUUUGCCUCAAAGUAUUGUGUUUUACUGAACAUUUUAAUGUGCAGAAAUGCCAUUUAGCACAAUGACCUGGCUAUUUACUGUGUAGAUACUUGAGGGUAAUUCUGUCAACCCAACAUUAAUCUUCCAGUUAAAACAGGAUUUGGUUAGUAUAAAGUUUAAAGAACUUAACUAGGUCUCUUGUACUAUCCCUGUUAGUUAAUGUAUGUUUUUCCAUUAAUGAGAGGUGUGAUUCAAUGCGAGAGAACAAUAAAUCAAUCAGCCUCUGAAUUUGUCUCCCUCUCUUCUGAGAUGAUGGUUACAUCCUGAGGAACUCCAAAAACGAUGAACACUGUCUUAAAAAGUUUAUUUCUGGCUUAUUUCUUUGCAAGACAGAAGAGAUCUACGUUUAAGAAUUCAGAUUAUCAGAAUGGACACAAGCUAUCGAUGAGCAAAACUGGUACAUAUACAGAUCAGUUUAUUUUAAUAACCUUGUUGAUUUUGUCUCAUGAAAAACAUCAGUGUGUGUUGAGGGACAGCACCUGGUCAGUUUGUAUCGGCUUUAAUGAGCUCACCUGAGAGCCACUUGUUGAUGUCUCUGUUAGGACCAGCAGCUCGUUAAUCCGUCCUCUCAGGACAACAUGGACGCUGUUGCAUCAUUCUUGUUAGUUGACUCUUGGGUUUUUUCCAUUAAUCUUCCUCUGAGGAUCAAAACACAACUAAACUUUACUUUCUGAUUCUUGACUAUUUUACUUUUGCUUUGCCUCUUUUUUGUUUUAAGUUUGUAUUAUUUGUGUUCUAUUUCAACCCUAAACGAGAAAGAAACAGUCAUUUGGAUUGACGGAAACCUGUGGGGAUAGACCAUCCUGCACCAAUGGUGAGGUGUGGGCCAAACAUGGAUUUAUAGCAUUGAAAAAUGUCUGGAGACAUUUCUGGGUCCAGUCAAUACUGUCGUUUUCUGUAGCGGCUGUAGAAAUUAUGCUGCCAUGUGGAGAAAAGGGCUGUAAAAUUACCCCUUCCUAAAAACUCCUGCAAUCUUUUACAGUUUGAGAAAGCAAUAAAUUUGACAGAAACUGAAGCUUAUUUGAUAAUAUAUCUCUGCAGAAAUGCCUUGGCCCAAAAGUGUAGGACCAAUAAUCCACAUGGGCGUUUUCUUGGGCUUAUAAUCAGGCUGUGUGUCAAUAGGCGUUGAAAAACCCAGUAGAGCUGCUAGUCUCAAAGAUGUCACCCAAAUAAAAUGAAGGACAACUCGCGCAAGAAUGAAUCCUUCAACCCCUGAAAAGAAGCUGCAGCAUGUAAAUUUUAAAAUAUAUGUAUAUAUUACAUAUUUGUUAAAACUGUCCCUAUUUCAUGACAGUAUGAGACAGAUAAUCUGUGAAAAAAAAAUCAACCUCCUCCAACUUCUCCCAGUGCUAACUAGAAGCAACCAAUAAGAGCUGGGGGCGGGUCUUAGCGCUGUCAAUCACCCUUACAUGCACAACAUUACAGCUUUUUCUUGAUAUGAGAGCCUAUCAUGAAUGCUAGCCUAAUUUUCCUGAAACAGUAAGUUGUUUCUUCCCCUUAGCACUUUUAGCAGCUCAUUCAUGAGGUUGGUUGACAGCACUAAGAUCCUCCUCCUGGCUCUGAUUGGUUGUUUUUGGUUGUGAACAGUGUAUUUGUUCAGACAGCAGUUCAGGGAGAAGGUGGAAGCGAUCAAUCUUUUCAUAGAUUAUCUGUCUCAUAUUUCACUGUCACAACAUAGUGACAGUUUUAACAAAUAUGUAAAAAAAUAUUUUUAUAAAAGUUGCAUGCUGCAGCUUUAAAGUCAAAGGGUAUGUGGAGUAAUUAUGGUGGUUUUAGGGAUAUCCUCAUCCUGCACAACCUUUUGAAAUGUUUCUACUGCUAUUAAAAUCUGUUGUAGUUUUCUGCUGUUACUAAGAAGAUUCAUAUCUUCAUGAAUGUAAAACCAGAACGAUUGUUUAUGGUCCAAACCAGGGCUGACCUAAGUUUGUUGAAUAUGAUUUAGCCCUUUUCCUGUUAAAAACAUCACCACCAUAGUUUCCAUACAGAUUUAGUGGAAUCUUGGAGCAAGUGACGAGUUUUAAAGUGUAACUGACCCCAAAUCAACGAUUUUAUUUUCCUGAUAAAUUGUGUAAAUUGGUUCUUAGGAGUGUUAUCUUUAUGUUUCUUUGCAAAAUGUGACAUUUUUGUGUAGAUUUAUGUAGUUCUGCAAUAUUUUACCUAAAGCCAUCUCAGUGGUGGCCUCCUCAUUUUGAAUUAUAGGUGCUACAAAUGGCUAAAUCUAAUCUAGGAUUCUUCUAACUGAAUGAUUUCUAUGUUGAGUUUGUUUAAUUCCCACUUUCUGUGCUUCAUUCUUGCACAUAGACUUUCAUAGUUUAAAAAGUUUCUAUGAUUUGACAUUAAAGUGCUCGUUUCAUACUCUCAGGUUAUGAAAAAUUCAAUCACUAAUUAGCUCCACAGAGACCAGAGACCCAUAAAGUAACUCAUAGCUCAUCGGACCAGAAGUUCUUCAGGUUCUGACUCUGUUAUGGUCGGCUGGUCAACGUGUUAUUAUGUGUUAUGUCUUAGAUGAGAAGAUUAAGUCGCUUAGGAUUCACAUUUCAUAUUACUUAAAUGAUGGUUGAAUGUUUGUAAAUCACUUUAAAUGUUUCCUGUUCAGAUGAUCCAGUUUCUCAAUAUUGUUGUUCAGAUGUUUUGAUUAGAUGUUUGUAAUUAUAUGUUGUUCAUCAAAUGUGUGUGUGUGUGUGUGGUCUACAGCUGCGGUGAAGUUCAUCUGUUCUCCAUCUAGUUCGUUUCCUUUCUGCCCAUCUAAUGUCCGCAGCGGCUUUAAACGUCUCGCUGUUCGUCGCGCAGACGUCGCUGACGCUUGAAGGCUUGCAGCAGCUGUCUGGUCACCGGCUGCUCUUCUUCUUUCUCUUCCUUAUGGCUUUUGUGUUCGCGCUGUGCAGCGACGGCCUCGUGCUGAUCGUGAUCUGCACGCGCCACAGCCUCCAUAAACCCAUGUACGUGUUCGUGGCCGCGCUGCUGCUGAACUCGCUGCUGGGCGGCUUCGCGGUCUACCCACGGCUGCUGCGGGAGCUGCUGUGGGAGAGCGGCUCUGUCCUGGUGACACUGUCUGCGUGUGCGUGCCAGGCGUGGGUUGUAUACACUGUGGGCGGCUCGGCCUUCAUGCUGCUGGCGGCCAUGGCUUUUGACCGCUACGUCGCGAUCUGCCGCCCGCUGCGCUACGCCGCGUUGGUGUCGCCGCGCGCGGUGGCCGCUCUGCUCCUGUUCUGCUGGCUGCUGCCCGCCACGAUGGUUUUGAUCAUCGUGCUUUUAGCCGCGUUUCAGCCGCUCUGCCGCUCUCACAUUAACCGGCUCUUCUGUGACCUUUACAGUUUAAACAGACUCAGCUGCGGCGGAAAUGCGGCGCAGGUUAGCGACGUUUUCGCCGUAUUCACCUCUGUUGCUACUGCCCUGCUGCCCGUCGCCUUCGUACUUUUCUCUUACAGCAGCAUCCUUUAUGUCUGCCUGUGCCGCACACGCAGCUUUAGCGGCAAAGCGUUACGCACCUGCCUGCCGCACCUGCUGGUCUUCAUAAACUACAGCGCUUGCACUGCGGUGGAGCUGCUGCAGCGCCGCCUGCAAGGCGCAGACCAGCCUGCAUCCUCUGUGCUCACUUCGGUUCUGAUCGUUCUGGCUCAGUCCGUGUUAAACCCGGUAGUCUACGGCCUGAAUAUGAGCGCCAUCACCGGAUACAUCAGGCGGCUUCUGGGCAGCAGGAAAACCGAUUGAUUUAAAACGACUGUAAAAUGUUAACAGAUUGUUUCUGGAUAUUUACAGGAUAAAGAGUCAUAGCUUAAAGAAAAUAAAUCACUCCGUCCUUUUUUACGGAUGUAUUUUUUAACAUUUCUGAUGCAAUUCUGUUUUGCACUUUCCAAGCGUUUUUCCCCUGAUUUUAAGAACAUAUGUAUAGAAACUGCUGCUUUGUGAAAUAUUUCUGCAUUUACAGGAGUUUCUUGCUUGAAAUUUUUACAUAUGUGUAGAUUUUGUUCUCUAUUUGUUAAUCAAAAUAAACUCAGAACUAAGAAUGACCUCUUAUAAAUAUCCAUCUUCCUGAUCUGUACUUUGGUAAUCAUGAUUAACAGCUUAGUGUUGAUCAGAAACAUUGUCACAUGAGAAGUGAAAAAACUGAGCUAAACUGAAAUAAUAAAUAAAAUAUCUAGAAGAAAUUUUGAUUUUAUGUAUUAAAAUUAAAGUGUUGAAUCACCACUGCCUUAUUUCUUGCAGCAAAAAACAUCCCUGAACAAUUGUUAUGGCAAAUAUCUCCUUAUAGUUUAUGACUUAGUUUUGAGAAAGAGGUCUAGUCGAAAUGGGAUAAAUAGAAGAGUGGAUGGACCAUUUUGAGAAACAUAAUAGAACGUUUUCCCUAUUCUUUUUUUAAAUGAGAAGUAAACGUGAAAAUGUAAAAAGCAGGAUGAAAUAUUUUGCUAAUCUAGAAGAGAAGCCAGCCUGCAGCUUCCAUGCUCACUUUGGUGCUGGUCAUUCUGGUUCAGAUCGUGUUCAACCCGGUAGUGUACGGCCUGAAUAUGAGCGCCAUCACCGGAUACAUCAGGCGGCUACUGGGCAGCAGGAAAACUGAUUGAAUUAAAGUAUUUUCUUUUGAUAUUUAAGGAUUAAAAAAAACGGAAUUCAAUCUACAUAAUAGUUUUGGUUUUAGGCCCUAUUUCUUCAUCUGGAGCCUUCCUGGUUUGUAAAAAAAAAAAAAUAUAUAUGUAAAAACAAAUUGAAACAAAAAAGAAUUACUGUUACUGAUUCACCUUUUUAAUUGUCUGAUAGAAAUCAAAUCUUGAGCUAAUUUGAAAACGCAACAUAAAAUGUCUAUUUAGGACAUUUUAUGUUGGAAAAUUGAAUUUCUGUUACAAAGCCAGUACAAGGAAGCGUGAACCGUAGUUUAAGAAACUUGUUUUAAGUCUGAGAAACUUUAAACUUUAAA